GAGGGCGAGCUGCUCCAGUGGGCGGGCCGGCAGCUGCGAGCGCAGAGCCAGUGGGGGGGUCGGUGCGUGUGAACCUUUCGCCUGUCCAGCCGAUCGGGAGCCAGGUCUUCAGUGAGAUACGCAGAAAUGGCUGAACUUGCCCAGCUAAUUGACAGCGAGGUGUUCCUGGCUUAUGCUACCUACACAACCAUUGUCCUUUUUAAAAUGAUGCUAAUGAGUCUUAUAACAGCAUUCUUCAGAAUGACAAGAAAGGCAUUUAGUAACCCAGAAGAUACAGCAACGUUUGGCAAAGGUGAGAAUGCUAAGAAGUACCUGCGGACUGACCCAGACGUUGAACGUGCGCGCAGAGGCCAUCUGAACGACCUUGAAAACAUUGUCCCGUUUAUUGGCAUUGGUCUGCUCUAUGCCCUGAGUGGCCCUGCUCUGUCCACAGCCUUGCUGCACUUCAGGAUCUUCGUUGGGGCUAGAAUCUUUCACACUAUUGCGUAUUUGACACCUCUCCCCCAGCCCAGCCGAGGCUUGUCUUGGUUAGCUGGGUAUGCAGUUACCAUCUCAAUGGCAUACAGGGUGCUGAAAACUGGAUUGUACCUGUAGCUAGAACACUGCCUCAUCACCCCCUCGACAUUCCACAUGAAGUUUCCAACAGUGCACUAGAUUAAACAUGGCUAUCUCAAAUGAACUUUCAAAUCUUUGUAACAAUUUUUACAUGGUGACUAGGGCUGCAUUUUUAACAAAGAGGCUCUUCAUUCCUAUUUGAAAUGUUUCUCUUCAAAGCAAAAACGUUCCCUCCCCAUGUCCUCUCUAUUCACAGUCUGCUUUGCCAAAAAACAUUAGUUUGAAUGUUCUCUCUGUGAUUUGUUGAAGGCUUAAGAUUCUGAACAUAUGACAAUGCUGUAUCUAGAGCAUGGGUGGUGAUUUUCUACAAAUGGAUUCUUUUGGGCUGUAUCUCUGAAGCCUAAAUCAAUAAAGACGAGAAAAAAAAAAUAAGUGUGUUUGAAUUUUUGUUUUUGUUUUGACUCCUCUAACUGCAGCCAGCAAAUAGGAUGUCACAAUGAAUCAGAGAGAGAUUCAAAUCAUACAGUUCUUUUGAGGAACGUUUACUUUAAUAAUAAGAUAUAGCAAGUAAUGCCAGGCCUUGCAAAGAAUUUUUGAUGAAAUUGUUAUUGGUGUAAUCCACUAUGGGAUUAAAAAAUGAAACUCCAGCAGAUCAAUUUUCUCAGGCUAAUAGCAUAUUUAAUAUAUAUAUUGUGUGUGUGUGUAUAGAUUUUUUUUUUUCUGGGCUAGAUUCUAUUUUGCUACACAGGUGAAAAUUUGAAUUCACUUUUUGGAGUUACUCCAGAUUUAUGGCUGUGUAGCAGCCCUUUUGAGGAGGGGCUGUCUUCAUGAUGGGAAAGAAGCACAUAAGUGAAGGACCUAGCCUUUGCUCAUGUGUAUUCCCAGAAGAUACAUAGGUGACUAUCUAUUGAAUGCAUAUGUUGUGGUGUGUUUCAAAAAUAGAUCAAUAAUGGAAGAUCUUGCUCUGAAAGUGGAGAAUAAAGCUUAAACUUGC